GUCUUUACCGAACCAUCAAGGUGGCCGUGGAGGUGAUCGUAGCCAUGGUAACCUUGCGGAGAUGCUGCGGCAGCUGAGCGGUGUAAUUAUCGAACGAUUGUAAGAAGGAAAAUCGCGCGUCUUCUGUUUAUGGCUGAGCCACCGGACAUAGACUGAAGGUUCAGAAUGUAAAAGUAAAUCGGAAACAAAACAAAGCAUCUGUUAUUGUCAAGAAUAUAAACCACAUCAGAUCUUUACUCCAAGACACCUACUGAGUUCAGACUUACGACCUGACAACACAGUUCAGUUCAAGGUUCGACAAGAUGGAUGCCAGUAAUCUUCAGGUUCGCUGGAAACACCACCAGAUGGGAGUAAUGGACUAUUUAAGACAACUGCUGGUUUCUGAAGUGUUUGUUGACGUCACUCUGUGUUGCCAGAACAAAAGGUUCAAGGCGCACAGGAUCCUGUUGUCGGCUUGCAGCUCCUACUUGCAGCAAGUGUUGGUGGAGCACUUGGCUUCUGAUCACGUGACCAUCAUCCUGCCCGACAUCCACCCUGAAGACAUGCAGUGGCUCCUGGACUUCAUGUACACUGGCGCAGUCGCAGUUCCCAGACGCCGGCUGUCCUCCUUUCUGCAAGCAGCUGAGGCUCUGCACAUCAAAGUUCUGACGGAUGUGGCCCAGCUACAGAAAGGAUCUGAAAGCGACAGUGUUGUCUGCAUCCCCGCCUGUUCUCCAGCACUGGACAUCAAAGUGACCAAUCUUCCAAAUUUCCAAAAUCACCUCAUCACUUCUGACAUAGACGCUUGUUACAUUAACCCUUAUGAUCUGACUGGCGACUUCAAGCAGUCUGCAUGCCACGACGAUGCCACCAAUCAGACUGAUUCAUCCAAUAAACAGAGCUUUAAACCUGUUACGAUGGACAGAAAAAGUCGUGUUUUCAAGUGCUCCGUAGACAAUUCAUCUUACACGCAGAUUAGUGGGCAAAAUCCUGCAGAAAGCAAUAGAAAUUCCUGUAAGGUUAGCUUAAACACUUCAUCGCUUCAAGAUGGGUUGUCGGAAGGAGAAAGAACCCAAGAAGGAACUAAAACAAAGGGCUGUACAGAAUGUGAAGGAUCAUCAAGCAAAGGUGUCAGGGUAUUAAACAGUGGCCGUAACACGAGGAUUAUUCCAAAUUCAAUAGAAGAAAAUAAGAUGUCUGCUGAAUGCACUUCAGGAAAUGUUGUCUUACCGUAUUCGGAGAAACCACUUCAUGAUAAAUCGUCUUAUGAUAAUACAGACGUGGUAGGAAAUUUAAACACUAAUCACAGAGCAGCUCCUUCGGCCGCUAAUCACAGCUGCAAGUCACUAAAGAUGCCACUGGCAGAUAGGGAAUAUAGUAGAGACACGAUAGUGCCGUGUGCAGAAGGCGACUCCUUGUCACAAUACGGGUUAAAGUUGACCUCAAAUAGCGAUUUACAUAUCGUUCAUAAAGGAAACAGCAAAAUAAUCUCUCCAAAUAAUUUAUGUUCCGAAUACGGACAAGAUACGAGGGUAAUUGUGGAGUCACCGUUGAGAAAUGAAAGUAGGAGCUUUCGCGAAGAAAAUUCCGAACAGUAUGAUCUGCAUUUACAGCGUUUAUUGCAGUGGCCAAAACCUCUCCCAUCUCUCAUGCCUAUAAGCACUAACAACUACAACUAUAGCGGACAAAUUGCACCCGGCUACCUCAUCAGAGACGGAAAAAUUAAUGGUUACAUGACUCACGCAACGCGCCCAGAGGAUCGAAAAGACCUGUUACCACAACACCCGCAAAAUAUGAAAGAUACGAUCCCAAAUAUUGAACCAGAACAUCAGGCCGACGUUAUGACAGCGGGUGAGAACUUCUUAAAGGCUCACAGGCGUGGGAGAAAUGUAUGGCUCUCUGGAAGGGACAAGCAGUUGCAACUCAACGGUCAGAGAUCCGUGUCAGACUGCAAACCUUCAAGAGGCCUUGCACAAAGAAUGCCCCGUCUGUCCCCCAUAGUCCCGCCUUCUCCAUGGACUCAACAUCACCGACCGCCCUGCGCUACUCCAGUGGCCCUUCCGCCCAGAGGAGGGGCCAUGGGUUUCAGCUGGAUCACUUCAAAACAGGCGUUCUCACCAGUGCAAAGGUUUGUACACCAGACAACGCCUCCAGACCAUCAGCUGCCCCUGGGCGAUACGGCUAGGCCACCUUCAACCGUCCAAGUACACAGUCCGAAUCCAAAUGGAAACACAGACACGGGUUCUUCCCCUUCUCAUACAGAGCAUCUGCAGAGACCUGCAAAUAGCGACGACAACACCGGAUAUGAUCAAGUACCUUCUCUUGGGAAGAGAGCUUCAGAAAGCCUUGACGUGUUCUGCAAACUGAAGGAAAGACGUCUUCAGGAUUUUUAUAGAGAACAGAGGACGAUAGAUCUCAGAAGUGGAGGAAACGUAACUCAGAGUAAAGAAGACGAAGUUGCCAGUGACUUGACAACUAAGUCCUCACUUCCCAACAGAAGCAGUCCUUCAGGGUACCAGAAAAUGACAAUGUCACUGCAAGAAAAACUCAAACCGUUACCAGAACCGAAAUUAUCUAACUGUGAUGAAAGGCUGUCAUAUGAGGAAAAUGUAAAGGAAGACGAUAACAAAAACUUAACAGAAAACUGUGAUACUGAAGAAAUUAAUUCGGAGCAAAAUAACUCGGUUUCAAUUGAUGAAGUGGCGGAACACGAACGUAAAGAGGAGGGCCAGGGUCAAGUUCAAGGAGAUUGCGAUGUCCCGGUUCCUCGCGACACCGCGCGGACCGUCUUCACGAAGAACGACAACAAUAACAACAACAACAACGAUCUGACGCGCGAGUGUGCGCAAACCGCUCCAAUCGCGAAGAGCCAUGGCUGUGAAGACUGCGGGAAGUUCUUUUCCCGGCGUCAGCUGUUGCUGCAGCAUCGGCGCAUCCACACGGGUGAGCGUCCCUAUUCGUGUGCAGACUGCGGGCGGCAAUUCACGCAGCGCGGCCAUUGGAGCACGCACCAGAAGUUGCACGAGCCGGCCCGCAGACCCGAGCACGCCUGCCCCAGCUGUGGGAAGGCUUUCGUCACACGCGCCUCCCUCAAGGUUCAUCUCCGGACCCACACGGGGGAAAAACCGUUCCAAUGUGGGGAAUGUGGCAAACAGUUCAGCCAACUGCGCAACUACAAAUACCACCGCUCCGUUCACGAGGGUACCCGUGAGUUCGCAGCGACGUGUCCGGAAUGCGGCAAAUAUUUCAACGAUCGUGGAUACCUCAGUUCUCACAUGAAAAUACACAGAAACCGCAAGGAGUAUGGAUGUCAAUACUGCGGCAAGAGCUUCAAUCAGAGAGUGGCCUACAACAUGCACGUGAGGAUCCAUACAGGUGAACGCCCACAUUCGUGUCCGCAUUGCAACAAAUCGUUCUCACGCAAAAUGUUGCUCAAACAACAUCUGCGGAUUCACACUGGUGAGAAACCGUUCGCGUGUAGCGUUUGUGGAAAAGCGUUCGCCGACAGGAGCAACAUGACGCUCCACAUGCGACUGCAUUCUGGAAUCAAGCCAUACUCUUGCCAGCUGUGCGCCAAGGCCUUCACAAAGAAACAUCACCUCAAAACGCACCUGAACUACCACACUGGAACCAAACCAUACUCAUGCAGCAAAUGUGGGCUACGGUUCAGUCAGUCUAGUAACAUGAGGACUCAUUUUAAGAAAUGCACAAGCACCGGAAUAGCGAAUGCAGAGACACCUGUGAAUAAGACGGAAACUACCACAGCACAGGACAAAGAAAACAGCGGCGCUACUUCCCCUUCUUCUUCGCCCGGACGAAGUGACGUAACGAUGACUUCUGCGCGGUCCUCAUCAGCUGUGAUUACUCCUCCCCAUUCCGACGAAUCGUCGUGCGGGAGCGCUGAUAUAGCAAGAAACGCGAUCGAAGUGCAGCCUGCCUAGUGCGCAGGCGCUGAACGUUCAUUCACAUGAAAUCUUCUUGACCCCUACGUAAUUCUCCCUCAGUAGAGACUAGAAUGAGCCUUUGGGUUCCAUAAUGACGAACAUCUGGGUCGUCAAGGAAUCUCUGUGUGCUGCAGUUACAGGCUUAGACGGCGCCAUGUUUAUCGAGCCGUUCUUGCGUGGGAGUAUAACACUAAAAUGGAUUUCAGAGGAAGUUGUUUUGUGAGGAUGUUGACUGGGUUGGACUCUUUCAGAAGAUGGUUCAAGUAAUGGGUUAUAUGUUGACGAGAUUAACGUUCAGGUAGUAUAAAGAACAAGGAUUUUCUUGAACUGCUGUUCAGGAAAUGUAACAAUUGCAAAUGCAUGAAUAAUAUUUUGGAAUUGAAUAUUACUGUAUUACAGUUUAAAACAAAAUAAAUAUGUAAAUAAAUUAUUAAGCAGUUUUAAAGUUUAUCGUCAUGAGAAGCAAGAAGAGGCUGGGAUCACGAAUAUAUGAGCGAUAAAUCCUGAUGCACAUAUCAAAUGUUUUAUUAGAAUAAAUAAUAAAUAUAGACUUGUAAAAUGAGAAUUGCUUUAUAUUAUAUUAAAUGAUCAUGAUUAAUUUGUGCCACUGUAGUAAUUCCUGCCGCUGACAGCUCCGUAGAGAUGCAAACAAACCGCCCUUGCCUGGUGUG